AUGUUGUUCAAGCUUCCGAUCCUCCUCGGCCUCCUGGGCACUGUUGCCGCGCAGUCCGAUGCGACUCCCGCCCUCGACGAGCGAGCCGCUGGCACCGCAACUGUCGUACUGCCGCUGGCCACUGUCCUCGGCAACGUCAUGAACAAGGUCGAGUCGUUUGGCGGAAUCCCCUUUGCCGAGCCGCCGGUGGGCAGGCUCAGGCUGAAGCCUCCGCAACGCAUCGCGAGGAACCUCGGUACCUUUGACGCCACCGGACCGGCGGCGGCGUGCCCCCAGAUGGUGUCGUCGAGUGAGAGUGAAAACUUUCUCUUCAACCUUCUGGGCGAUAUUGCCAAUUUGCCAUUCGUGCAAAAGGUCACGGGCCAGACAGAAGACUGUCUGUCUAUCACCGUGGCCCGACCUGAGGGCACCAAAGCGGAUGCGAAGCUUCCUGUGCUCUACUGGAUCUUUGGCGGCGGGUUCGAGCUCGGCUGGUCUUCGAUGUAUGACGGCACAGGGCUCAUCAAGCACGGCGUCGACCUCAAGAAGCCCUUCAUCUUCGUCGCCGUCAACUACCGCGUUGCGGGCUUCGGUUUCAUGCCCGGCAAGGAGAUCCUCGCCGACGGGUCUUCGAACCUAGGCCUCCUCGAUCAGCGCAUGGGUCUCGAGUGGGUGGCCGACAACAUCGCCUCGUUCGGCGGCGAUCCCUCCAAGGUGACCAUCUGGGGCGAGUCGGCGGGCGCCAUCUCCGUGUUUGACCAGAUGGCGCUCUACGACGGCGACAACACGUACAAGGGCAAGCCCCUCUUCCGCGGGGCGAUCAUGAACUCGGGAAGCAUGGUGCCGGCGGACCCCGUCGACUGCCCCAAGGGCCAGGCCGUGUACGAUCUCGUCGUCAAGGAGGCCGGGUGCGCCGGCCAGGCCGACACGCUCAACUGCCUGCGCGACCUGCCGUACCAGACGUUCCUCAAGGCCGUCACGGCGCCGCCGGGCAUCCUGUCCUACAACUCGGUGGCGCUCUCGUACCUCCCGCGGCCGGACGGCAAGGUGCUCACGCAGAGCCCGGACAUGCUGGCGGCGACGGGCAAGUACGCGGCCGUGCCCAUGAUCAUCGGCAACCAGGAGGACGAGGGCACGCUCUUCGGGCUCUUCCAGCCGAACCUGACGACGACGGACCGCUUCGUCGACUACCUGCAGCAGCUCUUCUUCAACAGCGCCACCAAGGCGCAGCUGACGACGCUCGUCAACACGUACGACAACGGCGUCGCCGCCGUCCUCGCCGGCAGCCCGCACCGCACCGCCCUCCUCAACGAGAUCUUCCCGGGCUUCAAGCGCCGCGCCGCCGUCCUCGGCGACCUCGUCUUCACCCUGACGCGCCGCGCCUUCCUCUCCCUCACCAAGGCCGCCCACCCGGACGUGCCGGCGUGGUCCUACCUCGCCACCUACAACUACGGCACCCCGAUCCUCGGCACCUUUCACGGCUCCGACAUUCUGCAGGUCUUCUACGGCGUCCUGCCCAACUACGCGUCGCGCCAGAUCCGCACCUACUACACCAACUUUGUCCACGACCUUGACCCCAACGUCGGCGCCGCCGCGCAGUACCCGAACUGGCCGCGCUGGGACCAGGGCAAGAAGCUCAUCAACUUCCUGGCCAACAGGGCCGGCGGCCUGCUGGACGACAACUUCAGGAGCGACAGCUACGACUUUAUCGCCAGCAACGUCGGGGCUUUCUACAUUUAA